GCAUAGUCGAGGCAACAUGCAAGUACGGACGACAACAGCCCGACCCAUUGACACUGUACGUAAGAAUACUUCAGCAUAGGAUUUGAUGUCAUAACUCUCUUGGGUAUGCUGUUGCGAAGGAGUUACGCUAACUCCUCAAGCCGCUCAUCGAAACAACUAAACCCAGCAUAUCGACACAGUCAUGUCUGAGAAAGAAGCGACAGUCUACCUCAUAGACGUGUCAAGGUCUAUGAGCAAAAAGCACUCUGGUCGAAGCCAAACCGACCUCGAGUGGGCUCUCCAAUAUGUCUGGGAUAAGAUCACGAAUGUCGUCUUCACUGGGCGAAAGACCCUCAUGAUCGGUGUUGUUGGUCUUGGGACCGAUGGCACGAGCAAUGACAUGGCAAGCCAGGACGACUCGUACAAACACAUCAGUGUCCUACAGCCCAUAUCACAGAUCCUUAUGCCCGAACUACGGAGCCUGCCAAAAGUCCUCACGCCCAGCAAGACAGACGAUCGGGACGUCCUCUCCGGCAUCAUUAUUGCGGUCGAUAUGAUGAUGAAGCAUUGUAAACAUCUGAAGUACAAGAAAAGGAUUGUUGUCAUCACAAAUGCUACUGGCCAUAUCGACGCUGAUGAUGUCGAGAGUACAGCAGAGCAGUUUAAGAAUCAUGACAUCGAAUUGGUGUUGUUGGGCAUUGAUUUUGACGACCCUGAUUACGGCACCAAGGAGGAAGAUAAAUCUGCGACCAAGGCAGAGAACGAGCGGACACUGAAGAAGCUGGUUGACCUUUCAGGUGGGAUGUUUGGGACAAUGCAAGAAGCCAUUGAUCAGCUCUCACGGCCAGAUAUGAAGCCUAUACGAGCGACACCGACCUAUAGAGGACAAUUGAGGCUGGGUGACCCAGAGCAAUAUGAUACGGCUUUGUCGAUCGACGUCGAGCGGUACUUCAAGGUUCAGACCAGACGGCCUCCAACAGCAAGCUCAUUUGUGAUUCGAGAGAACACUGCCGAUGAUGAUCAAGGCUUGCAGUCCGUGCACAGCAUAUACAAGUACUCCGCUAAACUCGAGAACGGAGAGACAAAAGAACUCAGUCGGGAGGAGCUGGCCAAAGGAUACGAAUACGGACGCACUGCGGUGGCAAUCAUGGAGUCAGAACAGAACAUUACAAAACUUGAAACCUCGAUGGGUUACGAUAUCUUGGGCUUUAUCCCGAUGGAACAUGUGGAACGAUAUAUGCUGCUGGACAACUCCAAUGUAGUUGUGGCACAGAGAGGUAACGACAAGGCAGCGCUUGCUCUUUCGUCACUAGUCCAUGCCCUCUUUGAAUUGGGUUCUGUGGCGGUCGGCAGACUUGUAAAAAAGGACAUGCAGGAUCCCAUUUUAACAAUUCUGUCACCAUUGGUGGAGGCUGAUCUUGAAUGCUUGGUCGAAAACGUCCUUCCGUUUGCAGAAGAUGUUCGCUCAUAUCGAUUCCCGCCGCUGGACAAAGUGCUCACUGUGUCGGGAAAAGAACUGACUGAGCACCGCAACCUGCCAAACCAAAAGUUGAUGACAAGCAUGAGUGACUUUGUCGACAACAUGACCCUCAUGAACGAUGAUGAAGAAAUGAUGGCAAUGGAAGACACAUUCUCGCCUGUUCUGCAUAGGGUAGAAGGGGCGAUCAAAUUCCGAGCCAUCCAUGGCCCUGAGAAAUUCCCAGAUGAGCCCGAGAUGUUCAAAACUUAUCGUGAACAACCAGAAGAGCUUCGGGACCGCAGUCAAAAGGCGCUGGAAAAGUUGAUCGAAGCGGCCGACGUCAAAAAGGUGCAACAAAGAGCCAAAGGCCGAAGACGAUAUCGUGAUACUGAGAAGCCGAUUUCUGGAUUGGAUGUGAGCGAGCUUUUGCGCAAGGAGAAACGAGACCACGUCUCCCCAGACAAUGCAAUCCCCGAGUUCAUCCAAAUGAUAGAGACUGCAGCUGAUGAGAAAUAUAUCGCCACCAUUGUGCAGCAGAUGGGUACGAUCCUGACAGACUGGGUCCGCACCAGCUAUGGCGAAAAGAACUAUGGGAAAGUGGUUGAAGGUCUCGGCACCGUUCGCCAGUGGAUGCAAGAGCUCGAAAUGCCUGAUUUGUACAACAACAUGGUCCAAGAAUUGAAGGAGAAGAUCCUCUCCAAACAGCUGGGCGGAGAUCGAGCGUUGAUGUGGUUCCAGGCCCGCAAGAACAAGCUCGGACUGAUCAGUAGUGACGAGUGCAAACCGUCCAAGAUAACGGCGGAAGCGGCGCAUGCUUUCCUCGACCCAAAGCCCGGAACAUGACAUUAACUUCUGGUGUGUGCUCAUACUAUGGAGAACUGACUGUAAUGCAUUUGACAAAACCUGCGAACGCUAUGAUACCCGCCAUGUUGUACUCCGUACAAGUGAAUGAUAUGAACAAAUUUAUGUCCAGGUUCUAA